AACGAGGGGACCUUGACUGCUGCGCACGCGAGCCGAGGAUCAAAUACUAUGCAUUCCACGCUUGAUAACAAGCCCUUCUCGCAGCCUGUUCUACGGAAGAUACGGAAUAGCGAGCAAGCGGGCAAACCUGUUGAGAAUUCUUCCGCACCUCUAGCUAGCUUCUUGCUCCUUGGCGCUUUCGUUCUUCGGGUCGCGAAGCCUGCCAGGCGGCUAACUCGCCCUUGGUACCGCCGCAUGCGACCGAUGUGAUGCUUACCAGGGAUCGCUUUUUUCAGCGGCAGCGGACCAAAUCACUUCUAUAAUAGGCAAGCUUCACGAAAGGGGGCAACAAUGAUACCACCAAUCACUGACGCUGCUGACGGGCAAAGCAGUGGUGUCAAUGGCAAAGCUUGCAGUGAUAGUAGCUCUAUCAGCGUCGCACUGCCGCCGUCGGACGUGUCAAGCAUAGACACUUCGGCGCCUUCAAGCUCUGCAUGUUGGACAUUCGAACAUGGCGGCUCCGAAGAAGCAAGUUCGACAGUUCAGACCUCAGAAACCUCCUUCGAAGGACUAGCGACGCCUUCCACUUCGAUUUCUGCGCAUUGUCGUGCUCCUCCUCCACUGUCCAUCCCGCUGAUCGUCAAGUGCUCGUCGGACAAUCGCCUAAAGCGCCUCCGCUUCCCUUGUCAUCGAUCUGUCACGUACCACGACUUUCGAGCGAGGAUUGCGCGCUCUUUUCAGCUCCUGGAUGACUGGAGCCAUCGGAUGGACCUCUCAAGCGCUCGUAGUGGGGGUCAUGAUGCACACAUCAACGGGUUUGCUGAUGGCAGAUCGGAGUACAGCCCAUCCUCAAGCUAUUGCGAGCAUCAUGCGUCAUUAACCUCAUCCUCUUCCAUGCAUGACUGUGCAGGGCAUAUACGACCAAACGACCACCCGGGUCGCAGUCGCACCACGUUUGACAUAUCCUACACGGAUGACGACGGCGAGGAGUGCGAGAUUAGCUCCGAAGACGACUUGCAAGAGGCGAUCGCGUACUUUACACCGUCCACCCUCGAUGAAGCCUUUUCAAGCGAAUCUUCGACUUCAUUUCCAUCACAUCUGCGUAGGGAGGAGCAAAAUCAACAGCGUUUCGUGCAGAUGAAGGUUGUCGCGCGGCUCCGGACCGCCAUCACCCUUUCUGACUGGGGUACAGACUUGGACCUGGAAAGCGAGGUGGGCAGCUUGAUCAAUUCUUCAUAUAGUGGAUACAGCUCCUACAGUUCGCAGCACGAACACGCUAGGAUGCACAUAUCGAACGGUCACGCCCGCGCUCAGAAAGACCAAUACGCGGACGGUAGCCGCUCUCCUAGCGGUGGGAGUAUGGGUGUUUUGAGCCACGGCAGCUAUAGCGGCUACAACAGUAGCAGUAUCGUUACGUUUGGCUCGCAGUCACCCUCUAUUUCUGCCUCAGCAACUUCUUCACUCAGAAAGGAUUCUAACGAGCAGCGAUAUAGGAACCAAAUACAAAGCGAACGCGAUCCGCGUCAGCGACUGCACAACGAGCAUGCGCGCGAGGACGACCAGCACUUACAUCGCAUCAGGAAGACGAACCAGCCACAAUACCAGCGUCAAGUGCGCUUCAACGAAGAGGAGCUGGCGUCUGCGAAAGGUGCUGAGGGACGCGAUGCGGACCUCGACAGUCUACACUACUCUGAUUUACACAUGCUUGGCUCGGGCGAGGAGAGCGAGGGGGAAGGUGAGGGAGAAACCUCCAGCAGCAGUGAGAGCGGUGGCGAAGGCGAUCGGUCGUCGCAUUCGGAUGAAGCUGGUGCCCCGUUCCAAAGUUUUCCCUCAAAUCGUUCGAAUAUGUCUGCUGCGGAUCGAUUUCGCAUAGAUUGGCGACGCAGGCGCAGCGAGCCGGCUCAAGUCUGGCAGGGCGGUCUGAACGAGCGCAAACUCGGAGAUAUGCCGCUGCAGUUGAACGGACACAAGCCUCACGCUGGGAAGAAACACGUGUUGACUGAUACUCCGUCAACAGCAGUAGCGCCAGCUGUUACAGAUGGGCUUCCACGAGUCAGAGCAAAAUCAGAGCCGGGGCGCUCUACCAAGGAAGCGCAGUCCUCAUCGCCUUGCCUCUCCGCCACAAGCUUGUUGUCGGGGCAGGUUGACCCUUUCUUGACGUUCGACGAGGGCCUCUCGCAGCUCGGCAGGCGGUCCGAUGCGGACACGCAGUCCGUCCAGCUGUUCGGCAGCGGACUUGAUCCGCUCGAUUUGGAUGACGAUGCAGGCGAGGAAUCGGACGACUCGCGCGGGACCAUUUCGCGCAGUGGUGGAGGCGGGAGCAGGCCAGCGAGUCGCGGAGAGAUCCAUCAUCGCGGACAGGGAAGGCUCAGAUCCAACGCAGCUGGGACCAGCGGCAGUAAUAUCGCCCCAGAAGGCGUGGUGCGAGGACCCCUUAGCGAGCCGCCGCAGCAGAAGUACAGCGACGAGGAUAUGCGCUUGCUGCAGAUCAUGCAGCAAAAGCCCUGCCGCAUGGCUGCUGUGGCCGUAGUUAAGGCCGAAGGAACUGGAAUCGCUUUGGACCUCAUAGCAGAAGAUAGGCCGGACGAGUGCUCGUGUCGAUGUUCAAUCUGUUCGACGCCAUUCCAAGCCGACUCGCUGCGUUACGUCUGCGACACUUGCGGACCGCGCAGGGCGUCGCUUUCCGCUUCGUCUGCUACCUCGAUGGCUGGUUCGAGCGGCGAACAGCCUCAAGUGGCUGAAGAUGGAUGGGCAGGCGAGAGACUGGUAGGCGAAGGGCAGCAAUCCACGCCGACAUCGCGAGCCUCUGCAUGUGUACGCGAUGACUUGAUGGACGACUUGCCUUCUGCUUGGUCUCAGAGUCAGGUGUGCGAAGUAAGUUCUGUCAUUCCUGGUGUCUUUGGGGAUACCUCUCACGAAACAGAAGAAGCAGUUCAGGCAUUGAGGGAAGGACACGAUGGUGGAGAAGGAGGAGAAGGAGAGAGAGGUGAUGACGUGUUCACUCGUGCACGACGUUCGAGCAACACGUCGUCUGCGCCGCAGAUCGAAGGCUGUGAGCUGUGUCUCGUUUGCAUCGCCGAGCACGGGUCCAAGCAUGUCGCUGAGUACGCUACUCGGAACGAGAAGCGGCACACCUUCUUCGAGCUAGUAUAUCAGGACGGUGUUUGGAGAUCUGUCGGUGAAAGAAGAGGGUGACGCAGUCUGCGAGCAAUGUGAACAGGACACGUGGCUGGGGGGACGCUUUAAGUGCUCACAAUGCGACAAGUAUCAGCUUUGCGGC